AUGUCCGGCCAAGGCAGAUUCAUCGACCCAAUGGAGUCCUACCUCAACCCCUCCCCCCAAUGCCCAAUCAUGGCCCGCCGCAUCCAGGAAAUUCACCGCGCAGCCCACGCCACCAACGACAGUCACCGUGAUCAUCGCGAGCACCGCGAUCGUGCUCACCACCACCACUACCACCGCAGCACCCGUCACCGCACCCCAGCCCACGAAGCAGACGCCUACUACCCCCGCAGCGGCCCGGCCCCGGGACCGGCCAUCUACGUCCGCUUCGAGUGCGUCCCCCACCGCGAGGUCAUAGCCUGCAACGACAUUUGGCAGACCCUCGGUUCUGCUACCGAAUCCUAUAUCGGCUGUAACCGCACCAAAGGUCUCUGGGACACGGUCUUUGCCGGCGGCUGGACGACGGCUCACCCCGUGGGCGAUCUACCAAAGCCGGGUCCUAGGGAUGAUGACGCCGUGAUGGUGAGGUGUGGUGUUUGGAGGAAGGAUCUUCCCGAGAUCUCUUCUGAAUCCCCCAAAGACUUCUUUCACCUUACAGUAACUGAUUACAAAUCCCUUUCUUCAGAGAUCGACAUCGGCCGCCUCGCAAACCACCUAAAAGGCGCCUCCGCCUACGUCAAGUUCACCCGCGGCACACACCCCCUCGAAGCCCGCUUCACCUUCUGCGACUCCUGGGGCCAAGACGCGCCCGAGGAUAGCAUAAAGUACGAUGGCGACGGGCACAUUAGUACACACAUCUACCUUGCUCGCGCAGCGCACCUCUUCGACGAGCACAAGCGCGCCCGUCUGGAGAAGUAUAACCAGGAGCUGGCGGUGUAUAUCUUUCGGCGGAGACUACAGUUCUGGUUGAGCGAGGGGUUUCUUCGUACGAUGGCUACUAUGGGUGGUGUUGCGCGUGGGAUGGAGGCUCAGGCUGCGAGUACGGUUGUGCUGCUUCCUCGGGACGACGAGGAGUUGAGGGGGAAGUUUGAGGAUUUUGUUGGUGCGAGGGCGAGCUUGGAGGAGACGCGGUAG